AUGUGUGUUUCUCUCUUUGAUCUCGCCACUAGUGCUUGCUCUUUUCUGUGUGUUGCUGUGUUUCUCUCUUCGAUCUUGCCUCAGCUGUGCAGAGAUGGGUGGCUUAAAUUUGAUGAACUGGGGAAGGAAAUACUGUCCAUUGCACUACCUGCUGCUUUGCCAUUGGCAGCUGAUCCACUUACCUCACUGAUCGACACAACGUUUGUCGGUCACAUAGUUGGUGAUGAUGGUUACAAGUAUUUGCUUGUCUUAGGUUCUGUUUGUUUGGACAUACAUUUGAUUGAUGAUUGUUGUUGUAGUGACAAAUCCCCCUUAAUUAUAUUUAUAUAUGCAGGGCCUGCUGAAUUGGCUGCAGUUGGGGUUUCAACUUCUGUGUUUAAUUUGGUGUCAAAAAUAUUUAACAUUCCUUUACUUAAUAUUACCACAUCCUUUGUUGCCGAGGAACAGGCACUGAUCAGCAAGGAUUCCAGUCAAACUGAUGAAAGUAAUUUUGGUGGCAAAUACCAAAGCAAGAGGCGUAUUCCUUCAGUAUCAACUUCUUUAGCACUUGCUGCUACUCUUGGAAUUCCUGAAACUGUGCUUCUUUCCCUUGGUUCUGGCAUCAUUAUGAACAUCAUGGGUAUACCUGCUAUAUGUCAACCUUGGCUGAUUAUUGAUCAAUAAUUACCUUGUAUAUUUAUUUUGUGUCAGCAUGUUAUUUUCUUCAGAGUCUACACUUGGUUGU